AUGGACAUGUCCCUACGGAGGGCCGCCCUGUCUUAUGGGCGAGAUCCUAUCCCGCAGCCCCUGCCCGAGGUCGGCGGGGAAUCAGCCCGCCUUUCCCCACCCAGGCCAGCCCUCUCCUCAGCUGCCGCCCUGGCUGCUCGCACCCACCCCAACCGCCUCUACCCACCAUUGGACACGGCCUCGCGCUGGCCCGCGCCCCACCCGCCCGGCCGGCGCUGCGCAGGCCGCGCGCUCCCGCCCGCCCCGAGUCCGCCGAGGUGCCCUCAGGACUCGUCCCCUACCGCGGGCUUUAGCACCAUCGUUGCCUCCGUGACAGUUCAGGGCGGCAGCCACUCCCGCUCCCCAGGCGCGAGCUGCGGUGGGCCCGUCAUCCCAGUCGACCGCGGGUCCCGGGCGCGACCAGGCUGCCUUUUCCGCCGGACCCCGGGGGUCUUUGCCUUCCUCCGGGGAGAGGCCGACGGGAAGCGUCCAAAGAGGCCAAGCCCUGGGAGGCUUGGGGGCUCCGCCGGCGCCCCUCCCGCAGCUCCCAGAGGGACUCCCCUCUGGGUUCGGAGGGUGUCUGGCCCUCGCGAUGGCCAGAGGCCGUGUAUUGGGGGCCCCCAGGGGCCCGGUGUGGCCUGCUGGGCGGGAAUCCUGCCCCAGCACGCCGGUUCUCCCGGACAACCUGGGUUGCAGCAGCCAUCAGUGCCUGCCUGCCUGCCCGCCUGCCUCUCACCCGGAGAGGUCAAGGCUUUUCCGAAGGGCUUCUGGGGUUUCUCCGGGGCUUGUUGGCCUGCCACUGACUUAGCGGGGCGCCGCCUCCUUCGAAAGUCACCGAGCGUUCGUUACCCGUUGCUGCAUCACACGUCUACCCCCAGGAGCCGCGCAGCGCGGCCGGCGCUCGAGGUCUCGCAGGUGUCUGAGGGCCAGGGUCCUGGAGGGCUUGGCUGGGGCUCCUGGCUGGAGGUGUGUCACAGGCUGCCGUCGAGGCAUCAGUCGGGGCCAGUCUGGUCGGCCUGGGGCAGGGGCUUGGGGGAGGGGAGGCUCUGCUUCCAGGAUCGCUGGCGGGGCUGUGGCGGGGCGGGGGCCUCCCCACCGGGCCGCUGGGGGCCGGGCUCCCCCAGAGCCAGCGAUCUGGGCGAGACAGAGCCGCCCCCGGGGCCAAGGCACGGUGCCGGUCUGAUGACUUCACCUCCAAGUGACCCUCCCUCCCCUCGGCUGGAUCUUGAUGGGUCACACAGGCCCAAGCCGGGAGCAGUGCAGGAGGGCCCGGCCAAUGAGAAGGCUCCAGGGAGCAUCCUUGCUCCUGAACCUGGCGCGGGAGGGGCUCCUGGUCCGCGCAGGCCCCUCGGGAGCGGGACCCUGUCCUCCGUCUGCGUGGGGGUGGCAGGUUCCAGCCCCCGGGACCAAGACAGGCAGGGCGUGUCACCCUUAGAUGGUCGCGGACAGGACACACGAAAAGCCAGAGAAAGAACAUGUGACCGAGCCCCUGCCUGGCCCCCACGGCCCGAGGUGUGUGCCCCCUGCCCUCUGCCCUUGCGGAGGAGCUGGCAGCCCUGGUGGCACAUGGACGAUCCCGGGGCUGGUUGGCACCUGGAGCCGCAGCCAGGCCGGGUCCUUAACCCACUGAGCGAGGCCACGGAUCGAACCCACGUGCUCCUGGAGACUAUGUUGGGUCCUUACCCCGCUGAGCUACAGUGGGAACUCCCAGGGAGCUCUUUCUUAUCCCAGCAGCCCACGCGCUGCCAGUGCCACCUCCGCCCGCACCCUGGCCUGGGCCCCAGGAUGCUCACUGGCCUCCGAGGUCCCCCCCCCCCGCCCAGUGACUCAGUCCUGCCCCGCUCCUGUCCUUCCCUGAGGGGGCUGGGGCAGUUCCCCUGCCCGAGGGUGGGUACCCCCUCUCUGCACAUGGGUGCGCUAUGCUCCCUCCUUUGGCGCUGCCCCCCCCCCGCCCCCGCCUGCCCUCUGGGGGAACCUGUCAGCAGCCAGGCCCUGGAGUGGGAUGAGCCACACACCCAAGGUCCUCGCCCCCGCCCCGGUCACUGGGCCUGCUGGCCCAGGUGUCAGCGGAGGGUCAGGGGCCGAGGCGUGGCCAGAGCGGUGGGGGGGGGGGCUGGCCGUCAGUCUGGGGGCUCCGCCCUCCCCCUGCCCCGCGCCCCCACUAGACCAGAGGGGACCUGCAGGAUGGGGGCUGCUGCCUCCUGGGGCCACCAGCCAUCCCUCCACACACUGAGUAGGGGCUGUUGGGGCCCCCUGGGGAGGGCGCGUGUGCCAGGCCCCUCUCCUCUGCGCCUGGCACCCGUUGGUGAGCAGGGCUCUGGGUGGGUGGCCCUGCGUGGGAGCCCGGCUGAGGGCCAGGGCCGGGGCGCACCUCCCGGACUCCUCCUGGCGGCUGGUGGCGGGGCGUCCUCUGGGGGAUUGCCUCGGGGCAAGGGCGCGGGUCCCAGGCCCUUUGCCCCCAGCCGGACUCCACUUGGCCUGGCUCUGCCUCCGCUCCAGGCUCGCCCCCCUUAUGCUGACCUCUUGGGGGAAAUGCCUCUUCAGUCCUGGGCCAGCCGGUUGCCCCCCUUUCAAGCUGCUGGCCCCGGCAGUUUGGGGCUGCAAGUAUGGGCGGCGGCGGGAGGCCUGCCAGGGACGGACGGACGUGGAGGCUCUCGAGCCGGGAAUGAACACGGGGAGACCACGUCACGCUCUCCCUUCUCUCCACCCGGCGACUCCAGCGACUGCAUGUUGCCCCUGCCAUCUCCCGAGGCUCCACCGCCGCUCUGCCCAGACCCUGUGGGGCUCCAGCUGAAGAGCCGUCCCAGGUCGUGA